ACGCCAGCGCCGCUCGCCGGCUUCCUCCCUCCGCCUGCUCCUGCGCCCGCCGCCGCCGCCGCCGCCGCUCCUCCCCCAGCGCCCGGAACCGCUGCCCAGCCGGGACACCUGCGCGCCGACGGCAUGGACAAGUACGACGACCUGGGCCUGGAGGCCAGCAAGUUUAUCGAGGACCUGAACAUGUACGAGGCCUCCAAGGACGGCCUUUUCCGCGUGGACAGGGGCGCGGGCAACAACCCUGAGUUCGAGGAGACUCGCAGGGUGUUCGCCGCCAAGAUGGCCAAGAUCCACCUCCAGCAGCAGCAGCAGCAGCAGCAGCAGCAGCAGCAGCAGCAGCAGCUGUUGCAGGAAGAGCCGCUGCCCAGGGGAGGCCGGGGUCCCGUCCAUGGCGGGGUCCGCCUGGGCCCCAGGCUGGCUGCUGCUGAUGGGGCGGCGAAGCCCCCUCUCGCGGCCUCUGCAGUGGCCCCGGCGGUGGCCACCACCUCGGCUCUUGGCCAGCCCGUACACCCAGCCUCCGAGCAGAGGGCUGGGCCUUACAUCCCCGGGCCAAGGCCUGGCAGCCUGGAGCACAUGGCCAGGGAGGGCCUGGGGAGCUCGGAGAAGUUUGCUGGCCACCAGCCAGGCCCCUGUGAGGACCCGUCCUGCCUCACUCACGGAGACUACUACGAUAACCUGUCUCCCACAAGUCCCAUCUGGGGCGAGAAGCCAGGUGCGUCCCCCAGCACAGGCCUGGGUGCAGGGAGCAGGUGGCCUCCUGCCGCUGGGAAUGACCUCUCAUUGCCCAGACCUAGUGGGGACCGUCACCUGCACCAGGUGCAGCUGCCCUUUGACAGUGGCCUGCGUGGCCAGGACGUUAGUGUUGGUGGUCCCGGCAGCGAGAAGCCAGCAGGCCUGUGGUCCACGGCCUCGUCACAGAGGGUGAGCCCACUCCUUCUGUCUGCCAGCCUGGAGAAUGGGGCCCCAUCGCAGCCCAGGAGUCUUCAAGUGUCUGCACACCCGGUCCCCAGCCAGGGAGUCCUUUUGAGAACAAACUCUGGUCUGGGGUGUGAGGCUUCGGGCGUGCUGGCCAAGCCCACCUUAGACCCCCAGCCGUGGUUCCAGGACGGGCCCAAGUCUUACCUUUCCAGCUCUGCUCCAUUACCCUCACCCACUGACAAGGUCGUUCCUAGCCCUGUGCCGAAGCGUGGCUGUGCAGACCCCGGCUCUGGUCCCAAGCUUGGCACCACUGGCCCUGGCCACCCGGGGAGGUCCUCCCUCCCAGAGCUGUCAUGUAAAGAGGGUCCUGCUGGCUGGUCCCCUGAUGGCAGCCUGAGCCCUGGGCUCCCAGAUGCGCCCGGCUCCCCCAGAGUGAGGCUACCCUGCCAGACCCUGCUGCCUGGCCCUGAGCUUGGCCCCUCCACUGCAGAGCUGAAGUUGGAAGCCCUCACGCAGCGUCUGGAGCGGGAGAUGGAUGCCCACCCCAGGGCCGACUACUUUGGCUCCUGCGUGAAAUGCAGCAAAGGGGUGUUUGGGGCCGGCCAGGCCUGCCAGGCCAUGGGCAACCUCUACCACGACGCCUGCUUCACCUGUGCAGCCUGCAGCCGAAGACUGAGAGGAAAAGCCUUCUAUUUCGUCAACGGCAAAGUGUUCUGUGAGGAGGACUUCCUGUACUCGGGCUUCCAGCAGUCUGCCGACAGGUGCUUUCUUUGUGGACAUCUGAUCAUGGACAUGAUCCUGCAGGCCCUCGGGAAGUCCUACCACCCUGGCUGUUUCCGCUGUGUCAUCUGUAAUGAGUGUCUGGACGGGGUCCCCUUCACCGUGGACUCAGAGAACAAGAUCUACUGUGUCCGAGAUUACCACAAGGUGCUGGCCCCGAAGUGUGCGUCCUGCCGGCUCCCCAUCCUCCCGCCCGAGGGCUCAGAUGAGACAGUCCGUGUAGUGUCCAUGGACAGAGACUACCAUGUGGAGUGCUACCGCUGCGAGGACUGUGGCCUGGAGCUUAACGAUGAAGACGGUCGCCGCUGCUACCCCCUGGAAGACCGCCUCUUCUGCCACACGUGCCACGUGACGAGGCUGGACAAGGGGCCCCCGGCCACCAGUCUGCACCAGCGCCACUUCUAGCCCAGCUGGCAGGCAAGAGGAGCUAGGCGACGUCUGCCUGUGACUUCCGGUGCCCCUGGCUGGGAUCCAGUGGAGGGAGGAGAGGGUGGGUGUCCCUGUGUGCGUGAGGGUCACCUUCAGCCAGGGAGGCCACACGUGUCCCCAGUGCCUUCCACACCACCCCCCUUCCUGGCUCAGGUGGGUUACUCAGGAAUCCUUGCACGUGUGUGUGUGUGUGUGUGUGUGUGCACCAACACAACCUCCGCUGUGGCACCCUCUGAAGGGACAGCUGAGCUGCAGAGAUGCCAGCCCUGGCUCACCCAGGGACCCUCUCCCCCAGGGCACAAGCGCAGAUUCUGCCCAACCUCAAGCUGCCUCUGGACCGCCUCACACUUGCACUGUGUCGGCGAGAAGGAAGCUCUUACGCAGGCUCUGUGUUGGAAGGAUUGGCUGGGAAACAGAGCCUGGGUCUGAGCUCAGCGAGCUCCGACUGUGCAGUGCAUCCCUGGUCCCGAGAUGUCCUCCAACCCUGGGUCCUGGCACAGGCUUGUCCUGCCCCGCCCAGCCCCCUCCUGGAGAGAAGACCUCGGUGCGGGCACCGAGACUCACCCACCUGUCGGUGCUGCUUGGAUCGGAGCUUUCGACUCUGUGGCUUGGGAGUGGGUCCCGAGGGACAAGUCUCCGGGUCUCUGGGUUCCAAGUAAGGAUGCCUCUGGGACCUGACUGAGCUUAUUUAGUGAAGGACUUUUAUUUUUUGUCUUUUUGAGGCAGGGUCUGGAUAUGUAGAUCAGGCUAGGCUUCAGUUCACUCUUAUAGCCUAGGUUGUUCUCAAACUCGAAGCGAUCCUCCUGCCUCAGCCUCCCCAGAGUGCUGGGAUUACAGGUGUGGGCCACCACAUUCAGCAUGGAUGGGACUCUGCACAUGUACUGAGCAGUGAGCUCCUUCAGGCAAGGAGUGUAUUUGUCAAACCGAUUGCUGAGCCAGCCCAGGAGGAGGAGUGACAUCUGUUCUGAGGCCUCCCCCGCCCUCAUCUUGGCCCAGCCCUUAAUGCUGGGGGAGCCCCCAUCAGGUACCAGCUUUCCUGUGACUUUUGUUUUCCAUUGUUUCUCUGCAUCUGCAGUCUUCCCCCACACACAAAAUACCUCAGACAGAGCUUCGCCAAAUUGCAGCUGGAGGAAAAAGUGACAUCGCGGGGGACUCGGGGACCCUCCAUCCCUUCACGCUCAGAGCCAGCUGGCUAAUACUGUGACCAACAUUGGGGUUUAGCACGAGGACCUCUGCACUUCUGCAGGCUGGCUCUGGGGACCAUGGGUUGAGGGAGAGAGACACCGGCAAGACGUCAGGACCACCUCUGCACUGGAGUGGCGCUUGUCCUGCAAGCCACCCUGCUGAGCCAGAAGUCGCACUCCUUGGCCUGUUAAAUGGGAAUAACUGCUGUGCAGGGAAAAAAGAGUGGUCAGGGCUGUGGCUUGCUGGGCAUGGCUCGGGUGAGGCAGGGGGACUGGGCAUGGUGACAGAAGUGUGCAUUUUGCAUCUUCUCUUAUCCAUGGAGGGGGGCUGUCUCUGGAGCCCUGGGCAUAUGUGGCACAGACUUCUCCCAUGGCCUGGCUCCCUGCCGCCCAUAGGCUUACUCCCCUCAUAGCCAUUUCAUGGUAGGAGUGUGCCAUGGCCACAUGGAUGGCCUUUGUUAGUUUCAUGAGGUCCAUGCUGUGGACUCUGUUGGCCCAGUGUCACUUCCCAGCUUCCUGUGCCCAGGCCAAGCACCCUGAAAACCCAUGGUCACAGGGGCUUGAGGCUGGGCUCCCCUCUUCCCAGCAAAGCCUCCAGCCAGGGGAGGCCAGCUGGUACAACCAGCCCCAGAACAGGGUCCCCGCUCACGGGCGGAGCAAGGGAAACCCUGGGACCCUAGCCCACCCCAGAAUUACUUGGGUGUUUUUGCUGAUUGACUAGCUUAAGACUCGGUGACUAAUUUUUGUAAUGAAAUUUUUAAAGUAGCCUUGAUUGAGGUAAUUUAGCUGUGUUUGCAAAUAUAGCAUUUUAGACUGUGGAAAAAGAGCAAUAAAGGAUUUUCCAGCCGUCCUGGAAGUCCUAGCAGGGUGCGCCCCCCUGCUCGUCCGCUUCCCUGCUGAGGCCCGGGCAGGGCGGGGAGCAGAAUUCCCAGGCUUCUCCGUCUCAGGCCCCUGAGCAGAAGCGGUGAAGAGGCGCUCAUCUGUCUGGUGUUGUAAAUGUUCUAUAAGUUAUUAGCCAGAUAGAACUGUAACGAGCUUGUAUUUAUGGAUGUCUAGGGAGAAAACAGAAGGUCCUGGUAGACCAGGAUAACGGGUUUGUUUUAAAAAAUAGAGCAGAGAGCCUUUCCGCGUUUCCCGUGCAGCUCCUGGACCUAAGAUGAAACAAGGACCGAGGCCGAUGCCAGGCCCCAAAGCCAGACGGCAGCCUUCUUCCUUGCUUUGCUGUAUCCUGUAGCACACUCCCUCAUGCGCUUUCUCUGCCCAACUUGGGAAUCUGUAAAGCGCCUGCGUCAUCUGAAAGCAGCGGCUGACCCAGCCUGUCCUUGUGGGUUCCUCCCGCUCACUCGGCGAUGUCAGGCCCUUCCGUGCCUGGUGAAGAGCGCUGUGCCCCGGACUUGCCUCCGGAGGCCCUGCCGUCCCCACCGGCCCGCCGCCUGUGCCUGCUGCAGGAUGGGAAUCGGUCACUUCCCUGGUUGGCGAGAACAACAGAGGAGCUCGGGUCACCUCCCGGCACCAUCAGCACCUUGUUUCCGUGGGCUGGGGUCACAUUCGGGGAAUAAAAAGCAAAAUCCUUAGGAGCAGAGAGGGUGUUUGGGCUCACCGUCCUCUGCAGUCUGUGAGAGGAUGUCGCGAGUCGUCUCUGAGGCCUGCACAGGUGACAGGCGCUGUGACCCUCACAGAGAAAGGAGUGAGUUCACCUGCACUGUGGUUACUUGAUGCCUGUUGUGAAACUCUGCCAGGAAACCAGGUUUUUUGCUUUUCCUGUGCCACAAAUCAGUCCUAAUUUCCCAGCAACUUUAAUAGGAAAAAAAGUGAGUGGAAUAUACUAGCUAUCCAUCGUUCUGGGCCCAGACUGGACAGAUGUGGAAAAUUUCUGUAUAAGAAUUAAAGUUCAUACGUGUUUUGCUAUAUAGUGAAA